AGGGCCACCCAUCCAGACACCUCACAGAGUAGGAGAGCUUUUCCGGGGAAGCUUUGCCCAGGCUCUGCACUGAGGGCUUCCGUGCACAUCACUGCAGCUGCAGGCCUAACAUGCCCACUGCCCAGCUGCUACUUCUGGCCUGUCUCUUAUGGGGUUUAGAGGCCAGGACAGCCCAGCUCCGGAAGGCCAAUGACCGGAGCGGCCGAUGCCAGUAUAUUUUCAGUGUGGCCAGCCCCAAUGAGUCCAGCUGCCCCGAGCAGGGCCAGGCCAUGUCAGCCAUCCAGGACCUGCAGAGAGACCUGGAGUCCACCAAAGCCCGGCUCAGCUCCCUGGAGGCCCUCCUCCACCAGCUAACCUUGGGCCAGGCUGCUGGGCCCUCAGAGAGCCAGGAGGGGCUGCACAGAGAGCUGGGCACCCUGAGAAGGGAGCGAGAACAGCUGGAAACCCAAGCCAGGGAGCUGGAGGUGGCCUACAGCAACCUCCUCCGCGACAAGUCAGCUCUGGAAGAAGACAAGAGGCGACUGGGGGAAGAAAAUGAGGAUCUGGCCCAGAGGCUGGAACAUAGCAGCCAGGAGGUAGCAAGGCUGAGAAGAGGCCAGUGUCCCCAGGCCCACAGCUCCUCUCAGGACGUGCCAGCAGGCUCCAGGGAAGUUUCGAAAUGGAACGUGGAGACCGUGAACUUCCAGGAACUAAAGUCAGAGUUAACUGAGGUUCCUGCCUCCCGAAUCCUGAAGGAGAGUCCAUCUGGCCAUCCCAGGAACGAGGAGGGAGACUCUGGAUGCGGAGAACUGGUUUGGGUAGGAGAGCCGCUCACCCUGAGGACAGCUGAAACAAUCACGGGCAAGUACGGGGUGUGGAUGAGAGACCCGAGGCCCACCUACCCGCACACCCGGGAGACCACGUGGAGAAUCGACACGGUGGGCACGGACAUCCGGCAGGUGUUCGAGUACGAGCUCGCCAGCCAGUUCCUGCAGGGCUACCCCUCCAAGGUGCACGUGCUGCCCAGGCCGCUGGAAAGCACGGGCGCCGUGGUGUACCGGGGCAGCCUCUACUUCCAGGGGGCUGGGUCCGGCACGGUGGUCCGCUAUGAGCUGACCGCUGAGACGGUGAAGGCCGAGAGGGAGAUUCCCGGGGCCGGCUACCACGGACAGUUCCCGUAUUCGUGGGGCGGCUACACGGACAUCGACCUGGCUGUGGACGAGACAGGCCUCUGGGUCAUCUACAGCACCCAGGAGGCCAAAGGUGCCAUUGUCCUCUCCAAACUGAACCCGGAGAGUCUGGAGCUUGAACAGACCUGGGAGACUAACAUCCGGAAGCAGUCCGUGGCCAAUGCCUUCGUCAUCUGCGGCCACCUGUACACCAUCAGCAGCUACUCCUCCCCGGAUGCCACCGUCAACUUCGCCUAUGACACAGGCACGGGGCGCAGCAGGGUCCUGAGCAUCCCCUUCAAGAACCGCUACAAGUACAGCAGCAUGAUUGACUACAACCCCCUGGAGAAGAAGCUCUUCGCCUGGGACAACUUCAACAUGGUCACCUAUGACAUCAGGCUCUCCAAGAUGUGAAGAGCCCCACAUGUCAGGAAAGGCAACAGGAGCUGGUGGUGAGGGCUCCUGAGGGCAGAGCCAGCCGGCCUGUGCCCGUGCAGCUUUCCUCGGCUUUUUAGGCUUUCAUUAUUAAUCCAGAAGAAUGUGCGUGGUCACCGGGUCUGACCGUGUGGAAACAGCAGUUGGGAUUUAGACAGUGUCACAAGCAAUGGUCUUUUCUUUGGUCAGCUUUUAAAGGGCGGUUUAAUGAAAAAACAGUGCAAGUUUCGUGGUGAUUUGGGGCAGAAGCUGUCAUGCGUAGUAGUCUCUUCAUGGAAACCACAAAGCUUUUGAUAAAAGGCCCUUACUGGCUAAAGGGGGCGUAUUUGGAGGAGAGUUGGGGCAGAACAGCUUACUCCACAUGGCACCCAGGGUCGUCCCCUGCCUGUGCCUGGUUACCACAAGCCAUAAUUAGAGGAGGGGGAGCAGCUCUUGUGGCCAGCACUGAACACCUGCAUAGUGGGCUUCUAAGGCUUCACGUAGCAUCCAGUGGGGCAUCACAUACCCUUUGCCCUGUGAAAUAAAGCAAGCUUACCUACUA